UUCUUUUUUGCAUUACCUCUGUUUUUUUCACAAUACUUUUUUAAAAUGGCAAUCAACAUCGAACGGACUGAACAAUUUGUGGAGAUUCUUCGGGAGUCAGGCGGCAAGCUGGUUGUUGUGGACUUUUACUCGAAAACAUGCCCACCGUGCCUCAUUGUCGACCAGAUACUUGGCAACCUGACGAUGCAGUUCCCCAAUGUCAGUUUCUACAAGGUUGACAUCGGACAGUUUUCAGAGGUGGCCAUGCAGUGCCGCAUUACGGCGACGCCAACACUGCAGUUCUUUAGAAAGGGGCGCAGCAUCAAUGAAGUAAAGGGAGCAAACAAAAAGGCGAUUGUUGACGCCAUUGAGGCUGCGCUGAGUGACAAUGGCAGCGAGGGACAAUCGGCAUUUGGUGUUGUUGGGCACGCUGACUUGACUAAGCUGGUGAUGAAGACGCAGAGCGAGUGUCUGAACCAGAACGACGACCGCCCGCUGGAGAACGUUUUCUCAGAGGGCGAUUCCUUUUUGGAGAGCGACGUUGACGAGCAGAUGGUUCUACACAUUGCGUUCAACCAGCCCAUUAAGCUCCACUCGAUUAUGAUUAAGGCACCGCUGGACAGGGCGCCCAAGCACAUCAAGCUGUUUUCGAACCGCUCGGAUCUUGGCUUUGACGAUGCCGAGACUAGCGAGGCCACGCAGGAGAUUGAGCUGACAGAGGAUAUGUACAAGAGCGGCGGCGUUAUCAAUCUCCGUUACGUGCGUUUCCAGAACAUUAACAACCUGUCUAUAUUUGUGGCGGACAAUCUCGGCGGCGAUGAUGUUACCGUAAUCAAUCAGCUGGCGUUUAUUGGCACGGCCGUCAACGUUGCCAACAUGAGCGAUAUCAACCGCGGCGAUGAUGGCCACAACCACUAGACAUGUGUGCCUUUCAGUCAAUCUGUUUGUGUUUGUGUUUGUGUUUU